AUGGAGCUGUUCGAGUGGACCCUGUUUUUACUCAUCGUCUUGCUAAUUGGGGUCCUUUUCUUUUCCCAAAGGAGUGAUGUCUACUGCAAGAUGGUGCUUUUCUAUGGCUGGAUUGUAGUGAUGAUCAUCCUAGUGCCCCCUUGGGUAGCUCUAAUCAGGGGGUCUAGAGUGGAAAACUUGAAGUGAGUAGACAGCCUUGGCUGUACCCGCAUCUUUUUGGGAUGGGCACAUCUCUGGGAACAAGGUGGUACUCGGUACCAGGCACAUCUACCUGUUCCUCUUGAAACAGGCUAGGGAUGCUUGGGAACAGGAUAAUCAUUUGAAAUACUGUGUAUCCCAUUCUGGUUGAUACCAGUCAAGAAAGUUAUGGUGGAAUUAGAAAAAGUGCUGGAAAGGGAACUAGGCAAGGAUGCCCUUUAUCUCCUUUACUCUUUAUAUUGGUGUUAGAGAUCUUAAUGAAUAAAAUUAGAAGAGAUGAGAAUAUAAAAGGGAUUGUGAUGGGGGGGAGAGUAUAAAGUAAGAGCCUUCGCGGACAAUUUGAUCAUCACUACUGAAAAUCCAAUAGAAUGUAUCCCAAGAGCAAUAGAACGUAUAAAUGAAUUUGGACACCUAGCUGGCUUUAAGAUAAAUUUUAACCUAGUUGGAAAAAUAAAGUAGCGUAACAAGAACGGCUGGAAGUCAAGUCACUUGGUGGGUGUCCGUGGCGGGUAAGUGUGUAGGUAUGUUGAUAUGUACAGUAUAGGUAAGUAUUAUAUAGAAUAAUGUAGGUAUGUUUUAUGUUAUGAAAAUAAGGGAGUGUGUUGUGUAUGUGUAUUGUGUAAAUGUACAGUGGUACCUCUGCUUACGUACUUAAUUCGUUCCGGAGGUCCGUUCUUAACCUGAAACUGUUCUUAACCUGAAAUACCACUUUAGCUAAUGGGGCCUCCUGCUGCUGCUGCACCACUGCCGCAUGAUUUUUGUUCUCAUCCUGAAGCAAACUUAACCCGAGGUACUAUUUCUGGGGUAGUGGAGUCUGUAACCUGAAGCGUACGAAACCUGAAGUGUAUGUAACCUGAGGUACCACUGUAUAUGUAUGUGUUUUAUAUGUUAAUGAAAUUUUUAAAAAGAAAAAAGAAAAAGUUUUUUAAAAAGAAUUUUUAAAUUUUAAAUUAUUUUAAAUUUUAAAUUUAAAUUUAAAUUUUAAAUUUUAUUUUAAAUUUUAAAUUUUUAAAAAGAAAAAGAAAACCAAAAUCAUCAAGAAAGUGGAGCAGCUCUCCUGGGACGAAAGGUUACAGCAUGGGGGUGCUGGACUACAGCUCCCAGAAUCCCUGACCAUUGGUCGCACCGGCUGGGAUUGAUGGGAUUUGGAGUCCAGCAACAAGGAAAAGCCGCAGGGUCCCCAUCUCUAUCUUAGUCUGUGAGACACUAACAACCGGCAGCUUUGGCAGCCAUUUCUGGGCUGGGACUAUUUCCUCAGAGAUCUGCUGGGUGACCUAGAGAUUCAACAGCAAAGUGGGAGUUGCGACAAUUGAAGGUGGCAGGGAGGGGGUUGUAUUUCCUUCUUUCCACUAAUUCAUCUCUUUUAUUGUAUUUUGUACACAGUGUAAGCUUCCUCAAUUAUUUUGCUUAGAAGGCAAGGUAUGAACACGCAAAUAAAUGCAGUUCCUUGUCCACACUGCCUGCCUGUUUUCUGCCCCCUGCAGGAUUCUUUGCUUCGUGAUGCGGCAAGUCAGAUAUUUACUUGGCGUCAAGAUUACAGUUCAAGGCUCUGAGAAUCUGAAUACCAAGGGGCCGUAUAUGGUUGUUGCCAACCAUCAGACCAUUCUCGAUAUUCUGGGUAUGUUGCUAGCCUGUGGCUUUCGCAAUUUUGCACUGAAACGUAUUUUGGAAAAGAUGUGAAUUUUAUUAGGAGCAUAAGCCAGGCCCAGAUUAAAGGGACGGGUGUCCUGGGGGGGCAGGUUGGGGGGGGGCAGAAGGCGAUACCCUGCUCUGCUUCCUGCCUAUGAUGCAGAUGAAGUGUGGGAGAAGGAAAGGGAGGGUGUGCUGCAGGACCUGCUCAGUGACUCUUCAUCUUCUCUCCCCCCCCCCGCCACUUAUCUAACCCCAGCUUCCCUCAGGGCUACCCCACCUCCUUCUUCCUCAUCACUGGGAUAUCAUUAGGCCCUCACAGACACCUCCAUCAACCCCCCACCAUCUUAACCACAAAUCUCUUCUCCUGGUCCUCCAGGGGCAUAGACACCAACUCUCUGGGGUCCUGGUCCCUUCGGCCGCCCCAAUAAAAUAUUUAGCCCCCCCCCUUUUCCUGCAAAUUUCUGCAUCCCUGCCCUCAUCCCUCUCUUGGGCAGCCAGGGGCCACCAUCUUUUCCUGGCUAUCCUACCAUUGUUUUUUGCUAUUUCCAAGCUCAUCUGAGCCAGAGCAGCGGGAGAGGUAAGCGGGCAUCAGGCAGGUGAACAGACAGAAAGGUCUUGCGUACAGGUAGGAGCCAAGAGGCAAGUGGGCAGUGGGGGAGUCCUGCGCCCAGUUGCAUACAGCGGAGGACGGUGCGAUCUUCAGAAGUGGGGGGGGGGGAGAAAGCAGAGGGUGCCCCCCAAUAUUUUGUUCAAGUUGGCACCUAUGUACCAGGGGCACUGGUUGCUCAUCCUCCCAUCCUGGCCCAGUCUACUGCUGUUCAUGGCUCUACCUGAGCCCUGUAUGUCUGCAACAGGAGAGGAAGGUGAAAGCAUAGGCUUUUGCCCAUUGUGGCAAAAUUUGUAGAUCUGUCACUGUUUCGUUCCAUCUCCAGCCUCAGGGAGGGAGGAGGCAAGACAGGAGCACAGUAUGCAUUUGAGAGGAGGCAAGAGAUGCGAGCUUACGGCUCAAAAUCAAAUUAGGAACAUUAAAUUAAAUGUUCCUAAAUUAGAAACAUUAAAGUCAUUCGGUUUUUUUAGAUUCUCAAUUAAGAUGAAUCAGAUUAUCACUGAUCAUUGUGCUACGGAAGUAAGAUGAAUGCAGAGCUUUUUUUUUCAGCCAGAAGGUGUUCACCUAUCAGGUAAACACCAUUGCCAUUCUAAGAGAACAAGGGAAGUGUUCAUGGAUGGCAUGCCUAUCUCGCUUACGAGAAGGCCAAAGUCCAUAAAGAUUUUACAAAUCACAUACUCAGGGAUGCACUAGUUAAGGUCUGGAACAAAUAUAAAUCACAACUGGAACCACAGACCCCUUGGUGGCUUUCGCCCCUAGAGGUGCAUGCUGUGAAAAAACUUAAUAUGAGAACGAACUGGGCAUCAUAUAGACAACUACCGGAAGAAGAUCAAUGAAAACUCAGAAUAAAACCCUUUGAGGAGAUACUACAAUUUGUGACAGACAGAUGGCAAUACCUGCAACUAAGAAGUGUAUUUAAUUCAGAUUUUAAAAAAGGUUUUGCAAAAGAGGAUUCUAUACUGAGCACCACAGUAUUACAAAAUAAUAAAAAAAAUUGCCUAAAAUAUAUAAUUUUUUAUUGGAUUGGGAAUUGAUGGAUGAAGAAGUGAAAGAAACUAUGGUCAAAUGUGUUCAAGAUGUCAGACACAUGAUAUACUUAGAGCAAUGGGAGAAAUUCUGGCAAGAAGAUAUACUAUUUACCGCCUCGUAUAUGAUUAAAGAAAAUUUUGUUAAAAUGUUCCACAGGUGGUAUUUAACACCAGUUAAGCUGGCCAAAAGCUAUAAACUGAAAUCCAACCUCUGUUGGAAAUGUGGCAAAGAAGCAGGAACAACAAUACACAUGUUGUGGCGUUGUGAGUAGAUUAAGAAAUUUUGGGGAGUAAUACAUGAGGAAUUAAAGAAAACGUUGAAAAUCCCAAUUGUUAAAAAACCAGAGGCAUAUCUCCUAGGCUUGAUAGGGAAAGAUAUACCGCAAGUGAAAAAAAGAUUUUUUCUAUAUGCAACUACGACAGCCAGGGUAGUGAUUGCUUCUAAAUGGAAAUCUCAAAUCUUGCCCCCAAAAGAGGAGUGGAUUUGCAAAUUAAAUGAAUAUUUAGAAUUGGCAAAGCUAACCUCAAUCAUAAGAUAUCAGUCAAAUCAAAAAUUUAAAAAGGAAUGGAAAUGUUUCGAAGAUUAUAUGUUACAAUAUUGUUCUAAGAAAGAUGUGCUAAUAUGACUAGAAUAAAAAUGUAAAGUAUAUCUAUGAAUUGGAAAAGAGAAGAGACAAAAGAAAGACAAAGAAUGAUACAUUUGGAGAAUGCAAAGAUAAAUGUGGAAAUAGAGAUUUAAAGAAGUAUAAUUGUGGCGGAGGGAAGCUGUGGUGGGGCGAGUAUUAUAUGAUAAGUAUGUAAUAUUUGUUUUCAAUGUUUUUGGAUUGUUUUCAAUCUUUUUUUCUUCCUUUUUUGUUGAUGUUUUGUUUUUUCUGUAUUAUUUAAACAAUAAAUGAACAAACAUGCAAAUAAGAAAAAACAUGGUGAGUUCUGGCACCUCUUUUUAUAGGAAAAUAGCACUGGCGAAUGGCAAUGUUUGGAAUUCCUUUUUCCCCUACAAAAGCUGAAUGCAUGUCCAGGAAGGUGGGUUGGGAGCAGGGAAAAUUCAGAAAGAAUAAUUUCUAGCCACAAAGCCUUCUCCACCUGGGGAUGUCGGAAUGACAUGUCAGAAUGCAAGUGACCCCAAAAGCCCCAUUUAUAAAGCAUUCCUUCCUUUCCAAGGAAUAGCAGAGGUACUUCCCGACCGCUGUGUGAUUCUUUCCAAAAAGGAGUUGAAGUACAUGGGCCCGAUGGGCAUCGUCUGCUGGCUAUGCAAAUUCAUUCUUCUCGACCGCAAUAAUAAGAGCUCAGCCAGGGACACCAUGGAUCACAUCACAAGGACCCUGCUGCAGCAGAACGUGAGAGCACAUGCAGAGAGGGGUGCAGCUCUGGGAGGGGAGUAGCUGGGAAAGGAUGGCUGGUGGGAGAGGAGUAAAAGGGACCCUAUGAGACUGCAGCAGCCCCUGGGAGGGGCCAUCGCUUGGGGUGGGGGUAGAGUGCAUGCUUUGCAAACACAAUGGCUCCAGCUGCUGGCAUCUCCAGCUGAGAAAUAAUAAUUUAAGUAGCAGCAUUUGGUGGGGAGGUUUCUGUACCCACGCCCUUGGAGAGAUCCUCACCUGGUAGAAGGCAGCUUCCUGGGCUCGGGGUGGUGAAAUAUUUUGCUCUGCACACCAGAUAUUUGGAAGAGGAUUUUGCCAGGUGGGUGAGUAAAGAAAGGAUGUGUGCCAUGCAUGACUAUAAGGAGAAUGUGGAGCCAUCUGCCCCAUGGUACAAAGGAGAAAAGAGUCUGCCCUGCUGAGGAACUGCAGCCGUUCCUGGGGGCAGAAGGGCAUUCAGGGUAGGCAUAUCCUCAGUCUUGAUGCAGUCUCAUAUUUUCUAACUGGUUUCCAGGUAGACCGUUAGCAGAUUAAGUGACAGGCCAAAUUACACCAGAAAGAGUGAGGAAAUAAUAAUAUUUCACUGUGAUCUCCAAAGAUGUGGUCCGUGGACACAUUUUAAUCUGUGGCCGUUUUUCUCUGCCUGUUUCUUAUGCAGCUGAGGGUCUGGGUUUACCCAGAAGGCACCAGGAACCGGACGGCCACACUACAUCCCUUCAAGCGAGGAGUCUUCAGUGUGGCUGUGAAGGCUCAGGUAAACGUGUGAAUUGUGAAAUAGAUAUUUGUCUCAUGCUGGCGGAUUUCAUGGGCUUCCAUGAGUCAAUCAUGCUACAUUUUUGGUGGCAAAACGUGAUUCAUCACUCAGGUUUACCAUUCCUGAACAUUUGUCACAGUUCCAAUCUGAGAGACUUAUCAAAAUGCCUACCAAAUGGAGAGUCUUUCUCUUUCCCUUUCUAACCCUAAUAGCUGCGCUGGGUUUUGCUCACCUCCACAUUCCUGUUUGCUUCUAGGUCUAUUAAAGACUGUGUGUCGGUUGCCAGCCAUGCAAAUAGAUGUGAGAUGAUGGAGAUUAGUGGGCAGGGCUCAUGUCAAACAAACAAUGAUGGGGGCUCCCUAAAGCAAGGAUAAAGUUUCAUACCCCUGGACUGCUUUGGGGGUAAGAGGGAAGGGAUAAGCAUUAGCGGGACACUUCGGCAGUCAUGAGAUUUUAGGUUUCCCAAACAUAAUACUACCAGGAGUGGCUGGCGUGGUGCCUUGGAGCUCUUAAUUUAUAAACUGCAGUUGCAGAGGAGGUGGAGGAGGGCAAGGAGAAAGAACUUUGUUGAUAAAGCUGGUCGUUAUCUGUUUUAUAGAGCCAGUGGGAGGCAUUUCUUUCUGUUGGGCUCAAUGCCAUUAUUUCAAUAUUUUGUGGGGGGAGGGGAGGGUGGGUUGGCCAGCCCACCCAUGAGGCAAGUUGAGGUGACCACCUCAGAUGGCAGGAAGAAGAAGAAGAGUUUGGAUUUGAUAUCCCGCCUUUCACUCCCCUUCAGGAGUCUCAAAGCGGCUAACAUUCUCCAUUCCCUUCCUCCCCCACAACAAACACUCUGUGAGGUGAGUGGGGCUGAGAGACUUCAAAGAAGUGUGACUGGCCCAAGGUCACCCAGCAGCUGCAUGUGGAGGAGCGGAGACCCGAACCCGGUUCACCAGAUUACGAGACUACUGCUCUUAACCACUGCUCUCGCCAGGGGCAGCAGAUCUGGCCUCAGGGAACACAUCACUCGCUUUUGUUAUAACAAGAAUACAAAACUGAAAAGGAAUGCACUGCAGCUAAAUAUUAUGUUCAUUUUUCAGAUGGUCUAAUCCUUCCCCUGCCCAUCCCUCUAAUAUUCUUAAGAGGGUCUCUUCUCCAGUCUUCAGAGAGUAGCUGGAAGUGGGGAGGCAGAAAAAGGUCCUUUCCUUCCACUCUGUAGUUUUAAUCUGAAAUCUUUGGCGCAGUACUGCACCCAGAGUUCAGAAACUGCUUGCGCGAAUGAAAUUCCUUGUCCCAAAAUGUGCCUAGAACAAUGGGAGUUUCGAACCCUGGCAACAUCUGCCGCCUUCUCGGUAGCCCCCUGCAAUGUUGCCUCUUGUCAGAUAGGAGGUGCUGCUGGUCUCCUCCAAUCCCUAGGGAAGAAAUUAUGUGUGCCGCACAGUGCUUCAGAGCAGGCCCCUUUGCCCUCCACAGUGGCCUUUGAUUCCCACUUCACCCCUGUAACGUAAGGUUGAUUUGAUUCCCCACCCUGUUCCCAAUGUAGAUCUUUAUUUGCCCCAACCACCAGGGGUGCCAACUUGAAAAAAAUAUUGGGGAGGCCAGGGGACUUUGCCCAGCAUAAUUGAUUACAAGACGAAGCACACACACACCAUUUGAAUGGCAAUGUCUGUCAACUUGCGGGAGGCAGCCCCCUCAAAUAUUUUAUUGGGAGAAUAAAGGACAUCGGCCCCUCAAAGGUAGCUCCAAUGCACCCCUCUCCUGCGCCUGAUCUUCACUCACCCCUUCUUCUCUGCGGGGCUGAGGGCACCAGUUGGUGGUUUGCCUCACGCACCAAACUGUCUUGGGCCGGCUCUGGUUGGGUCAGCCCCAAAUAGAACCCUUGUUCCACCUCAGGUAAGAGUCAAACUCUGAAAGGCAAGACCAUCCCUGUAGGUUCACCUUCCCUGUUAAAACGUUGCUUAGCGCCUUCUGGGUCUCUUAAUUUCCCACUGUUUUUUGAUACACAGAUCCCCAUAAUCCCUGUUGUGACCUCCUAUUAUCAACAACCCCCCAACCUGAAAGAUGGCCAGAGGCCCUUUUUUUGUAGAGGUGAGUGAGUCUAAAUGACAGUCUUGCUUAUUUGGUUUAUACACUUCAACGUGAAGUGGGAAUAUAUAUUUUGCUUGAAAGCCUUUUCCGCUUGCUUUAAUUUGAAUUUGAAUGCUGUAUAAAAAUUACUACCUUAAUCACUAUAUGACUUAUUUCUGGGGAGGGGGGUGUUUAGCCACUCCUUUCUCCUCCUCUGUACAACACUGCCAUUUUGGACCUGUUCUAAAAUUUAUUUAAAAAUUAUUCCUUUAUAUACUCAUGUAUAGACCACUGCUUAAGGCAUAGACUUUACAAGGCAAUUUCCGCAUAGAAUUAAGUUGCACUGUCUCUCUUUCUCUCUGUUGCUCCCUGCCACCUUCAGAUAAGUGGAUCAUCCAGAUUUUGCCCAAGAUAGAAACACGAGGCUUUGGCCCAGAAGAUGUCCCUGCACUUGCUGACAGCACACGGAAACUGAUGCUGGAUACUUUCAAUGAGAUCAAUGGGCACAUAGUUUUAGAGAAAGAUACCAGAGAGUGA